AUAGGAACAUUGCCUUUCCACAUCUGUCUCGAGCAGCAUUAUAGUAUAGGAACAUUGCCUUUCCACCUCUGUCUCGAGCAGCAUUAUAGUAUAGGAACAUUGCAUUUCCACAUCUGUCUCGAGCAGCAUUAUAACUACAUUGUUCCAUAUCGCCAAGUAAUAGGAACAUUACCUGGCCACACCUGUCUCAAGCAACAUUAUAGUAUAGGAACAUUGCCUUUUCACAUCUGUCUUGAGCAACAUUAUAACUACAUUGUUCCACAUUGCCAAGUUAUAGGAACAUUGUGUUGCCACCCCUGUCUC